AUGUUGCAGAGUGAAGUGGUCUAUAGUGAGGUUGUCAUCAUUGGCGCAGGAUUAUCUGGGAUCAAUAUGGCCUGUCAACUUGAAAGGAAACUUGGAGUUACCGACUACGUGAUUUACGACCGCGCUCCUGAAAUUGGGGGGGCAUGGGCAGCCAACAAAUAUCCAGGGUGUGGGGUUGACAUACCUGGGGUGUUAUAUUCACUGUCGUGGUUCCCGAGUACAUCUUUCACCAGACCGUUCCCUGCACAGCACGAGAUAUUGGCUUACAUCAAACGGCUUGGGCUCUCCCAUAAAGUGCCCCACCGGACAAGGCUACAAACCGAGUGGGAAGGGGCCAAAUGGGUAGAAUCCUCCAAUACCUGGCACAUAUUCCUUCUGGACAUACAGACGCAAGAGAGGUUCGUACACGAAGCCAAGAUUCUGAUAUCUGCUGUUGGUGGUUAUACAAACCCAAAGCUUCCCCAGAUUGCUGGACUCGAGGACUUUGAAGGCCCCGUGAUUCACACAGCUCAAUGGGAACGAGAUUAUGAUCUUAAGGGGUUGAACGUCGUCGUUGUUGGCAACGGAUGCUCUGGUUCUCAAUUAGUUCCUGCAGUUAUUGAUGAUGUCAACACUGUGACUCAAUUCAUUCGUGGGCCGCAGCAUUAUGUGCCAAUGGCUGUAUGCAAUGAUCGUUUUACAAGGGGACUUCAAAUUUUGUUUCGCCUCCCUUUCGUCUUGCGAUUCUUGAGAUGGGUUGUCUUCUGGACACUUGAGACAGGGCUUAGUCAAUUUUGGAAUGACUCUCAAGGCAGACAAAUGAGAAAGAGCCGGCUAGCUUUGAACCAAUCAUAUAUCACGAAAAAUGCCCCUGAGGAAUAUUGGCCAUUACUCACUCCAGACUAUGAUCUAGGAUGCAAGAGGCGAAUAAUGGACAAGAAUUAUAUCAGCUCACUCCACAACCCAAAAAUGAAACUUGUCAAGGAUGCCAUUGGAACCGUCGGACCAAAGACUGUGACCACAAUCUCAGGUGAUGAGUAUCAAAUUGAUUUCAUUGUACUUGCGACAGGGUUUGAGUUCACACAAUGGCAAUCUCAAACCGUCAUUGGUCGGCAAGGGAAAACCCUGCAACAACACUGGAACAGUCUGGGUGGAAUUGGAGCUUUUCAAACUGUGGCGACAAAUGGAUUCCCGAAUAUGUUCUACUUGUUGGGGCCCAAUUCAGGUAGUGGCCAUACAUCGGUCCUUUUCUCGAUGGAGUGUGCGGUGAACCUUGUGAUUGACUUGAUUUCUCCAAUCAUCAAUCGCCGAGCCAAAUCGGUGGAAGUCCGAGAAAAAGCGGAAAUCAAGUGGUGUGAUACCAUUCAAUCUGCUUUGAGCAAUACAGUCCUGACGCAGAGCUGUUCUAACGUAAGUCUCCACAAUUAA